CCGCUGGGGAAAGGAAAAGGAGGAACGCUGCGCGCGGCAUUCUGGGAACGCGUGGUAUUCUGGGUACCCGGGGCCCGCCAUUCUUUCGCCUCACGCCUUCGCCUUCUAACGUUUGUGCGAGAACCGAAAAGGAGCCUACAGUUACUUGGUGAGGAGAGGCGGCGAACCGCACAGGAAGACUCCUGCCAAGAUGUCUAUCGGUGUGCCAAUUAAAGUCUUGCAUGAAGCAGAGGGCCACAUCGUGACAUGUGAGACCAACACUGGCGAGGUAUAUAGAGGGAAGCUCAUUGAAGCCGAGGACAACAUGAACUGCCAGAUGUCCAACAUCACAGUCACCUACAGAGAUGGCCGAGUGGCACAGCUGGAACAGGUAUACAUACGUGGCAGCAAGAUCCGAUUUCUGAUUUUGCCUGACAUGCUGAAAAAUGCACCCAUGCUAAAGAGUAUGAAAAAUAAGAAUCAAGGCUCGGGAGCUGGCCGAGGGAAAGCUGCUAUCCUGAAGGCCCAAGUGGCUGCAAGAGGAAGGGGACGUGGAAUGGGGCGUGGAAACAUCUUCCAAAAGCGAAGAUAAUGUUCUCUGUUGAAGAAAACUGUGUCCUUUUUUUCUCUUAGGUUAUCGUAGAUUGGAGGGGAGGCUACAUGUGCAUAUGUUGUAGGUUUUCUUUUGAUAUUUCUCUUUGUAUCAGAGAAACUGUUAAACUUAAUAAAUUUGGUUGUUUUGUGGUUUGUUUA